AUGGAGUUCCACGACAAGCAUUAUUCGGCCAACCGCAUGAAGUUAGUCGUUUUAGGCAGGGAAUCUCUCGAUGUUCUGGAAGGCUGGGUGUCGGAGUUCUUUGCCGGCGUGUCAAACAAGAACCUCCCCCAGAACCGCUGGGAGAGCGAGGCGCCCUUCAGGAAGAGCGAGCUUGGCAUCCAGAUCUUCGCCAAGCCUGUCAUGGAUUCGAGAGAGCUCAAUCUCUAUUUCCCCUUUAUGGACGAGGAACGCAUGUACGAAUCGCAGCCCAGCAGAUACCUCAGUCACUUGAUUGGCCACGAGGGUCCUGGCAGCAUCAUGGCCUACGUCAAGUCAAAGGGUUGGGCGAACGGUUUGAGCGCUGGGACCUAUCCCGGCCUCAAGAACUACCAGGAGAUCACGAAAAUCUUCUUCCAGUACGUCUCGCUGCUGCAGGAGACCUCGCCCCAGGAGUGGAUCUUUGAUGAGCAGAAAGGCUUGGCCGAUGUCGACUUCAAGUUCAAGCAGAAAACGCCCGCCAGCAGAUUUACGAGCAAAAUCAGUUCGGUCAUGCAAAAGCCUCUUCCACGCGAGUGGCUGCUGAGCGGGCACAGCAAGCUGAGGAAAUUCGACCCCGAAUUGAUUCGAGAGGGACUGGCAUGUCUGAGGCCCGACAACCUUCGUUUGACGAUAGUGUCACGCAAAUUUCCCGGUAACUGGGACCGCAAGGAGAAGUGGUACGGCACAGAGUACCGCUACGAGGACAUUCCCGCCGACUUCCUUGCGGAGAUAGAGAAGGCGGCGGCAUCAGGCGCUAAGGACAGGUUGCCAGAGCUACACCUCCCGCACAAGAACAACUUCAUCCCCACGAAUCUCGAAGUCGAAAAGAAGGAAGUCAAGGAACCAGCCCUUGCUCCCCGCAUUGUUCGCAACGACCUUUUGGCACGGACCUGGUUCAAGAAGGAUGACACCUUCUGGGUUCCCAAGGCCAACCUGGUCAUCAGUUGCAGGAACCCCAACAUCUAUUCAUCAGCCGAGAAUGCCGUCAAGGCCAAGCUGUUCACUGACUUGGUCCGUGACGCCCUCGAGGAAUACUCCUACGACGCCGAGCUCGCCGGCCUACAGUACAGUGUUGCGCUUGAUGGGCGCGGCAUGUUUCUUGACCUUAGCGGUUACAAUGAUAAGCUGGCAGUGUUGCUGAAACAGGUUCUCGUCACCAUCCGAGAUGUCGAGAUCAAGGAUGACCGGUUCGACAUCAUCAAGGAGCGUCUUCACCGGGGAUACAACAACUGGGAGCUUCAGCAGCCGUUCAGCCAAGUGUCCGACUACACAACGUGGCUGAACUCAGAACGCGAUUAUGUCGUUGAGGAAUAUCUCGCCGAGCUCCCCAAUAUCAGCGCCGAGGACAUUCGGCAGUUCAAGAAGCAGAUGCUCGCGCAGAUGCGCAUCGAGGCCUACGCACACGGCAACAUCUACAAGGAGGACGCCCUGAAGCUGACGGAUAUGGUCGAAACGAUACUCAAGCCCCGCAUCCUCCCGCAGACUCAGUGGCCAGUCACCCGUUCCUUAAUCCUCCCUCCCGGAUCCAACUUUGUGUACAAGAAGACGUUGAAGGACCCUGCCAACGUCAACCAUUGUCUUGAGACUGUAUUCUACGUUGGCGACAAGAGUGACUGGAAUGUGCGGGCUAGAACACUUCUGCUCGACCAGAUAGCCCACGAGCCUGCCUUCGACCAACUGCGGACGAAGGAGCAACUAGGCUACGUUGUUUUCAGCGGUGUUCGUAGCUUUUCAACCACAUACGGAUUCCGCUUUAUCAUCCAGAGCGAGCGUCCCUGCGACUACCUUGAAUCAAGGAUUGAGGCUUUCCUAAACCAUCUGUCUACGAUCAUCGACGCUAUGACCGAUACGGAGUUCGAGGGUCACAAGCGGAGUCUUAUCGUCAAGAGGCUUGAGAAAGUCAAGAACCUUGACCAAGAGAGCAGCCGGCACUGGACUCAGAUCGCCAGCGAGUACUACACAUUUGAACUCGCCCAGCAAGAUGCCGAACACAUUAAGAAACUGACCAAGGCCGACAUGGUCGAGUUCUAUCGCACAUUUGUCAAACCUGGCUCGGCAACCCGAGCCAAGGUCUCGGUGCAUCUGGUUGCGCAGUCCUCAGCCGAAUCCGAUGAGAAGAUGACGGAGUUGCUCCAAAAGCUCAGCCUUGACAAGACGGCCGAGACCAAGGUCAAGGCAGCGCUGCUACGUCCCGAGAUGAGGAACGACACAGAGAACCUGAAGUUGUAUCUCCAGAGCGAGCUGCAAUUGCCCGAGGAGAAGGUCUCCACCGUCAUUGCUGCCGCGCACGACCCGAAGACAGGUCCGAAGGUGAAUGGUGUCAAGGAAGAAGACAAGGCUUCGGUCGAGUCGAAGCCCCAGAUCAUCACGGACGUCCGUGCCCACAGGGCUAGGCUUCAGGCCACAUCGGGAGCCCAGGCUGGUAAAGAUCUCAGCGAGUACCUGGAUUUGGACGCCAAACUAUGAGCUCAGCCUUCGGGCUCUGACACAACGGAAAAUAUGUCUGGGACACGGGCGACGGUGGUAGCCCAGGAUGCCACGAACACUUUUCAAUAACAUCUGGUUCAUGCUGCAAGGCAUGACAUAGCGUAGCGGUGGACUAUCUUGAGUAUUACCCAUGACUUGGUGGGGCCCGGAAUCGCGGGCACCAGCAAGUUGAUCAGAACGGAAAGGAGAAGAGUGAGAAGGAGCAACAGCAGCUCGAUUAGCUGAUGCACCUGGGCAGGAUCCGGAUUUGUUGCGGGUAUCUAGAUUCUUGAUUCCAGAAGGAGCUUUGAUCCAGGCGUGAGGAGCUUUCGGCGGCGAAAGAGGUAUUCGGGCUGGAAUCAACUAGACGGCACUUAGACUUGGCACCCUCGAGCAUUGUCAUUCGCGAAUAGAGUGCAAAUUUCUCUGUGC